AACCCUCCACUUCCUGUAUAAACCCCCCAACUCUCCAUCCCCCCACCCCUGUAUAGCUAACCCCCUCCCACUCUCCAUCGCCAUAGAGCCAACUUCAUACUACCCCGCCUCCAGACCUCCACCCCUGUACAGCUAACCCCUUUCAGCCCCCCAUAGAGCCAACUUCCUACCACCCUCCACCUCCUGUAAACACCCCCUGCAACAUUCCAGCCCCCCACCCGUGUAUAGCUAACCCCUUCCCACUCUCCAGCCCUCCCCCCGCAAAGCCAACUUCCUACAAUCCUCCACCUCCUGUAUAAACAACCCCCCUGAAACUCUGCAGCCUCCUCCCCCCGCCCGCGUAAAGCCAACUUCCUGCAACUCUCUCGUAGUCCCUACAAGUGCACUGCGUUCACCAUUUAUCAGAUAAACACCUCAUUAAUGAAGGAGAGAAAAAGACAGUUAUCUGUGUUGAGGGGAAUAUUGCAAGUGGAAAAACAACAUGCCUGGAUUAUUUUGCCAAAACUACCAGCAUUGAGGUUAUGACGGAACCUGUGCCUAAGUGGAGGAAUGUACGUGGUCACAAUCUUCUGGGCUUAAUGUAUCAAGAUUCAUCACGGUGGGGGAUAACGUUGCAGACAUACAUACAGCUUACCAUGUUGGAUCAGCAUACCAGGCCAAUGAUUUCCCCGCUAAGAAUGAUGGAGAGGUCAAUUCACAGUGCAAAACACAUUUUUGUAGAAAACUUAUAUCGAAGUGGGAGAAUGCCAGAAGUGGAUUACAUAGUGCUAACUGAAUGGUUUGAAUGGAUCACGAAGAACACUGAUGUUUCAGUUGAUUUGAUAGUUUAUCUACAGACUUCUCCUGAAACUUGUUAUGAGAGAUUAAAGAAUAGAUGUAGAGAAGAGGAAAAGAUCAUUGCUAUGGAAUAUUUAGAAGCUAUCCAUCAGCUCUAUGAGGAGUGGCUUAUUAAACAAACGCUGUUUAAAGUUCCUUCUCCAGUGCUUGUGAUUCAGGCUGACAAUGACAUGCAGAAAAUGAUAGAAAAGUAUGAAGAAAAUCGGGACCGAAUAUUAACCCCGUACAAUAUACAACACUGUCUGUAGAAAUCCAGUUUUAUGGUCAUGCUUUAAAAAACAUUUCCAUCAGGGGAAUUCUGAUCAACAUUCCCAACACUUUUUAUGAUUUGGUCUCUUGAUUGAGAUUUUGUCUUGUAAAGGGUCAAUGACUUUAGCUAGGAAAAGGCCAUAAACAGGCCAUAUUUACCUUCAGCUUCUUGCACUUUUAAGUUCCAGUGCAGCUUCACUGAUCUCAGACUACCUCUGACAGGAAGCUGCUGUAUCUCGUUUCCCUACUUCACUUCUGCAUUGUAUAAAUACCUUUCUGAUAUUGCAUUUUCUUGUGAUAAUGAGCUUUCAUUCACUUCAAAUAGCCCCAUAUAUGUCCUUUCAUGUAAUUAGAAGGCUGUGAAUAAGUCAAGCUUAUGUAGUCAGUAAGUGAGCAAAUUCAAUCUAAUUUUGUAACAAUUUUCAAUGGAAAAGCAAUGAAAUAACUAUACUCAACCACCAUUUUCACAAAAUAUCAUUAAUUGCACUUAAAAUAGGAAAACUAAACAGUUCACUUCUUAAUUAUGGACCUGAUUCUAAUCUCACUUGCACCAAUGUAACUUCAUUGGCUUUACUGGAGUCAUUUCUGAUUUAAAUGAGAUCAGAAUCAAACCCCAAACCUGCAAAUACUUAUGCAUCAGAAUAGUUCUAUUGAAUUCAAUGGGACAACUCAGGUACAUAAAGUUACCCAGGCUUUAUAAGAAUUUGGGGUCUAAAGCUCUCUGGCCCAGAUUUUCAGAAGAGUUCAGUAUCUAGCCGCUCUCAGUGAAAUUCUGACUCCAAAUGAAAAUCUCUUUUGAAAAUCUGUCCCUAAAACUUUUUCUAUCAUGUGACAGAAUUUUUCUUAUUAUGCAUUGAAAUUGAGUAGUAAUUCUGAUACUGAUUAUUUGAUAGGUUAAACUUUUUAUGUUCUAGUAGAUGUUUGCCUCAUGUGUAAAUUUAAGAACAUGUGACAGGGCGGUACAUAGGGUCAUCUUGAUCCCAGCUUCUCCUGGCUGCAGACAUCAAGAAGAGAGCAGAGAACAUCUAGUGAAAGUUAAAUUCUCACUUUAAUUCUUAAACUGCUCUGUGGUGUUUUUCUAGAUCACUUAUUAUUUACCUUCUCGAGUGCUGUCCUCAUGUUGGCACUUUCAACGGAGCGGUCUUAAGACAACUUGCACUUUAUUUUCUCUUUAAAUUGGAAGGGAUGAUUCUUUGUUUAUUCUAUAAAAGUUUGGGUUGUUUGAACUGGUGCCAGCAAAAUUAAAAAUGCUUCCAGAAACACCUCUGCUUAAAACAACAUAGCAAAAAAAAGCAAAUUUACUUCACUGGACAUGUCAUAACUGUAAAAAUCUUAAAACUAACUCAGUGUUUAGCUCAGCUAAGAUGUUUUCGUAAAUGUAAAUAUGCAGUAAUCAAUGUCUAUGAUGUGUUAGAAACAGAGGAUAGUAACUUUCAGAUACAGAAUUCCGUUGUGUACGUCAUUUGGUUAAGAAUACUACACAAAAGUGUAUCUUUAGUUUUCAUUGUAGUCAUGUGUAGUUAAUUUAUAGUUUCAUUGUAGUCCUUAAUUUAUUCAGUUUCUACUUGAAUUGGACUGCUGCUAAGAGAGGAGGCCCUGUGUCAUGGGGUCCACUCACUACUAGGGCACCUUCUCCUUGCUGCUAUGGAGAUUAGUUCUUUCCAGGUCCGACACAUGCUUGUUUGCAUGCCCUGCUGUCUCUCUCUCUCCCUUCUCUCUCUCUCUCUCUGACCCAGGUACUCUCCUUUCAUGGCUUGUUCCUCCAGUCAGGUCACUAUGUAUUUUCCCAUUUCUGGGGCAUCAAAGUCAUUCCAUAGAAAACUGUCUCCAGCAGUCUUCUCCAUCACUACCCAGAUGGUGCCACUUCCCCAGUGGCUGGUAGAGGAACCCAGGCCCACCCUCUGCUCCGGGUUCUAACUCAGAGAGCCUCUACUCAGAUGCUAAGGUCUGUACCAUCUUAAAUCUUGCUGCUGUUUCUUGGCGCCUUUUCCUACAUUAUCUCUCUCAGGCUUUCACUGCACCACCCUUCUGGAUAAACCCUUCCUUCCUUCUGGGCCUGGAUCCCCUGGGGUUUCCACUUUCUCUCUGCAUUUCCUUCCUUCCCUCCCUCUCUAACUACCUUAACCUUGUCAGGUGAGGGUGAGGAGAACACCCCAUCACACCCUGAUAAUCUCUUCUUCUUCUCCUUCUUGUUCUUGUUCUUCACAUCAAACAAGAUUUUUGUUCUCUGUUUAUACAGUCUAAUGCUGGUAGUUGUGCAGAAAAAGUUUCUGAUUGCAACACUAAAUUAAUUUUCUAAAGCAUGUGAAUGCAGUGCCUAGGUUCAGUGGUUCUGUUCUAAAGCUUUAGUACUCUAGCUGAACAAUAAGAUCCAACAUUUCUAACUGCUUAAGUAUAUAAAGAUUUUAAAUGCAGAG